AGAAACAGCUCAGAAGUUAGAACCAACAAGUAAAUCAACAGCUUUAGUUAUUUAUCUUCUUCUGGGUAGUAAGUUUCAAAAGAGGAAAAGGAGUACAGAGGAAGAAAUGGGGCAACAUCAACGUUACCAACAGCCUAGACAGGUUGAAGAAGAUGGAGAAGAUGGCAGAGAAUACUCUCCAACCCUUGUUAUAGAUUGGGGAACAAAUGGUUUUUACAAGAGAACAAAGCGCAAGCUACUCCCUCUGCUCUUCCUCUUCUCAUUUGUGUCUUGCAGCUUAAUCUUGGUUCCUCAGCUCUUCAGCUAUUCUGAAACUCUUUCCUUCCUUCAUUCUUUCCAGCUGGGAAACGAUGGACCUAUUACUGAUAAGAAAGCUGGAGUCCCUUCUUCAACCUCUAAUGAGCCCCUUCUGUGCGAUAGGAGAGCAUUCCGCUAUGAUACAUGUUUCAUGAAAGGAGAUAUAAGGAUUCUACCUGCAUCUUCUUCUAUUAUCAACUACCUUCCAUAUGGCAAUCAUAAUGAAAAAGCACCAUUCUUCAACGAAGAUGUUGGAUUAGGAGAAGUCGAAGAAGAGGAACUACAGCACGAGAUCAUUAAACCUUAUACCCGCAAAUGGGAAACGAGCGUCAUGAACACCAUUCGUGAUGUUGAGCUUAUUGUGAAGAAAUAUCAGCUUACCCCUCGCCAUGAAUGCGAUGUUCGACACUCUGUUCCUGCUGUUGUCUUCUCUACAGGUGGGUACACUGGUAAUGUCUACCAUGAAUUCAAUGAUGGACUAAUCCCUCUCUACAUCACCACUCAACACCUCAAGAAGAAAUUUGUGAUUGUUGUGGCCGAAUACCAUAGUUGGUGGUAUACUAAAUAUGGAGAUAUCCUCUCCCAUCUCACCGAUUAUCCCCCACUCGAUUUAUAUGGAGACUCGAGAACCCAUUGUUUCCCUGAAGCCAUUGUUGGUCUCAAAAUCCAUGAUGAGCUCACUGUGAAUUCUUCCUUUAUGCCGGAGCAUGAGAGUGUCCAAGAUUUCCGCAAUAUUAUGGACAAGGCAUAUUGGCCUCGGAUAAAGGGAAUAAUUGAAGAGGAGGAGAAAGAAAGAUUGGCUUUAUCGUCAUUAUCAUUACCAUUGUCAUUAGAAGAAGAAAUUCAAGGACCAAAGAAAUGGAAGCCAAAACUAGUUAUCAUAUCUAGAAAUGGAUCGAGAUCGAUAUCCAAUGAAGCUGAAAUGGUGAAAUUAGCAGAAGAAAUUGGUUUCCAAGUUGAAAUCUUGAAGCCAGAUUCUUCAACAGAGCUGGCAAAGAUUUAUCAGGUUCUUAAUUCUAGUGAUGCCAUGAUUGGUGUCCAUGGUGCUGCCAUGACACAUCUCCUGUUUAUGAGGCCUGGAACUGUAUUCAUCCAAGUUAUCCCACUUGGCACUGACUGGGCUGCUCUUACUUACUAUGGUGAACCUGCAAUGAAGCUUGGCCUCAAGUAUGUUGGCUAUAAAAUACUUCCACAGGAGAGUUCCUUGUAUGGAGAGUAUGAUAAAAAUGAUGCUGUCCUUACAGAUCCUGAUAGUGUGAAUGCCAAAGGUUGGCAAUUCACAAAGAAGAUCUAUCUUGAAGGCCAGAAGAUUCAGCUGAAUCUCAAAAGAUUCCGCAAGCGAUUGGAUCGUACCUAUGAACACACCAUUGCCCAGAGAACUCGGAUGCACCGACGGAAUUCACAGUGAUCUUCAAUGGUUCCAGUCUUUCCUUACUCUGGUCUUUCUCCACCCAUUACUUAAUUGUUUGACAUUCCUGUUCCAUUGAAUUUCAUAUGUUCAAUACAAGAAGAUUGUAAAGCUUUUGUAUGUAGUGAUAAGUUUCUUCUGUCUGUUCUUCUGUACACCUGUACAAUGUACAUAAUAAAGAAG